AUGGAGGACAAUCUUACAUCCCUCCCGACCAACGGCGAGUCGUUGCUACCGACGGACGUUCCCACCGAUCGUCCCUUGUCCAUUGGCGUUUUUGGCGGUUCCUUCAAUCCCAUCCAUCUGGGACACGUGCUUUUGGCCAUUACUACACAGCAGACCAAACCGGUGGAUCAAGUAGUAUUGGUACCCGUCUACAAACACGCCGUCAAGCGUGACUUAUUGCCCUUCGACGAUCGGGUCCGUAUGUGCCGAGCCGCCGUCGGAUCCUUCGGUCAGCACAAUCGCGCCAUUGUGGUAUCUACCGUGGAACGCCGCGUAGGUGCCUCCAACGGAGCCAUGCUGCGAGCUCUCCAACAAGAAUACCCCGAGGGGACCCGCUUUUGGUGGAUCUGUGGCGACGACUUCUUCCGAUGGAUGGAGCGACCCAAGGGGCUCGAAACACUCGCGCACGUUUCGGGAUUGAUCGUCCAGCGACGUCUCCACAAACGCGCCAACGGACAACUCUUUCAGGAAGAUCUAGACGAAGCCCGCGUCCGCGCCAAAACCCUACAGCUCGAUAUCCAUUUAGACUUUAUUUACGGAGAGUUGCCGCACUUUUCGUCGACCCUCGUCCGGCAGGCACCGGGAUCCUGGCGCUCCUUUUUGCCGCAAGCAGUCGCGGCCUACCUGGACGCGCGACCGCAUUUACAGGAACAGUUGUUGGCCAAUCUACAAGCCGACGCCACGGCAGAAGCCGCGCAAACCGUAUUGUCCGGCGAACAGCCGGUGACCGCGGCUUCGAACACCGCGUGCUCCACAACCACCACGUCCGCGGCAGCCUUCAAACAAGCCGGGUUGUGGGUCAUGCGGGGGCUUGAUAUGGUACACAUGCUCCAGUACGAACGUGGCAUGACCGGACUGCGCCUUUCCACCGGAACCACGCAAAAAUACCAACAAGAAACCCUUGAAGAAGUCCAACGCAAUACGGAUCGCGUAUUGCGAGAAAUUCUCGACGCCCACGCGGAAAGCGACCAGCUCGUACUCCUCCCCGCCGACGAUGACUGGCCCGAAGUCCAAGCCCUCGCGGCGGAACUCCAGCAAGUCCCCACUUGGUUGACGCGCGACCGCGCCACACUCGCUCGGCGCCAACUAGUUUUGACGGCCACACCCGGCGUCGAAGGCUGGGCGGCACGCUAUUCCCUCGUGGAAAAGUUCCACGCCCGCCUCGACCUACUCACCCAAAGCACCGUCCGCGCGCUGGUAGAAAUCCGUGCCAACCUCGCGGUGGCGCAAGCCCAACCCACACCGUCUCGGAGUGUACCGGAACUUUUACGUUCCUGGUGUCAGGGCAAGGAAGCCCUGGGACGACUGCGUGCGUUUGUCUGUGCCGGCGGCCCGGACGCCUCCACCCUGGUGCGCGAAUCACUCGCCACCCGACAACAGCUGGUACGCGUGAUGGAAGCCAAGGAUCGGUGCAUUGCGCGCGUAUUGAUUCUGGAAGCUGGUGUCUCGACCCGAUUGGCCGCCCCCGAUGCUUUGCACCGGAUGCUGAGCGAAGUGACCAAGGCGGAAUGGUCCCUCAUGGGCUGCUGCAGUUACGUGGCCAACCAACCCGGAUCCAUCCAAUUGGUCCAUCAGCAGCUCGCAUCCGGUAGCGCCCCCUCCGACGAACCAUUCUCGGUCCAACACUUUUUUGAAGCCUCUAGUACGGCCAUUGAUUUUUUGUUAACCUUCGCCAAGGCCUUGGCUGCGUCCGCCUGCUCGACGUUGUAA